ACCAGCGCUGCACGCUUCCCUCAGGCCCUGGGAAUGCAGCCGGCAGCUUCCAAAAGUCCCCAGUGCCCUUGCCUUGCCUUUUGAGUUCUGGGAACGCAGCUGAGGAUCUUCUACUUUGUGACUAUAGGACACAUGUCUACAACCACAACGAUAAUAGAUGGUAAGAAUGGAUCUGUUCCUUCAUCAUCCAUGAAAGUGGGCAAGAAAUCAGUGACAGAAGACCUCGUGACAACAUUCAGCUCACCAGCAGCAUGGCUUCUCGUUGUUGCUCUGAUUGUUACCUGGUCAGCAGUAGCUAUUGUAAUGUUUGACUUGGUGGAUUACAAAGACUUAGCAGGUAUAGCCACCUAUUCACAGCACUGCGAUGAUCCCUGUUUCCCUCCUGGAAGAUCUGUUCACAAGCUCAGCACAGAACCACUGAGAAUCAUUCAUGAGACACUGGAAGAGUCUUCUGAUUGGAUUUAUGGCUUUUUUUCUUUACUGUCUGACAUCGUAUGGAGUGAUGAUGAUGAAAGUGAUGAAGGUGAAGUGGAACCUUCCCUGAAAAAAGAAAUUCAAAAACAGAAAACAGAGAGACCUGACAAACGAGCACCAGUGAAGGCAACACACAGAGACAAACCUGAAAAACAAGAAAAAAUUGAGAAGAAGGAACCCCCAAAGGUAACAAGUAAAGACAAACCGGAAAGACAAGAAAAACCUGAAAAAAAGGAAAGGCAUGCAGCUGUUCACAAAGAUAAACCUGAAAAGCCAGAAAAACAUGAAAAGAAAGCACCAUCUAAAGUAACUCAAAAGGAUGUACCUGAAAGACAUGAAAAAGCUGAAAAGAAACCUCCUCCCAAAGAGGAGAAGAAAGUAAAGAGCACUAAAGUGGAAGCAAAAGUUAAAAAGGAAGUGAAGGAUGGAAAAGGAGAAGCAAAGACGGCAGAGAAGGUCAAACAGGCAGAGACAAAAACAACAGAAACUGGGCUAAUAAAGGCCAAAACGAAAGUUAAGGAGGAGAAAGCUCUUCAGACUGUAACUAAAUCGGACAAGAAAGAUCAAUAUGCAUUCUGUCGCUAUGUGAUUGACAUGUUUGCACAAGGGGAGUUUUAUCCAGGUGCAGGACAUAAGGAAUUCGCACCACCUCGUCUUCUUCUAGAACACAGUCCAAGAAAGAAACCAGCAGCUAUUGAAGAGAGAAAAGAGGAGAAGAAAAAGAGUGAUGAAAAGAAGACUACAGCUGAAACUAAGAUGAAAGAAAAAACAGGAAAAAAGGAGAAAGCUCACGAGAAGAUAGCUGUCCCUGAAAUUAAAAAAGCAGAUAAAAAAGAAGCUGCUGUAUCCAAAGAACUCAAAAAGCCAGCAAAAGCUCCUGCAGCCAACCCAGCCACCAAAAAAGCAGCAGCACCAGAACCACAUAAAAAAGAAAAAAUAAUGGAAUCUGCAGCUGUGGAAACUCCAAAGUCAAAAGCAGGACUUGAAAAAAAAGAAGGAAAAGCAACAAAGGCAGCAAUGCAAGAUAAAUCAAAGAUGAAACAAGGAAAUCCUGGAAAAGAGAAAGAAUUGAAAUCUCCAGCUGCCACAAAAGAUAAAGAACAUGCUAAAGAAAAGGAAGGGAAGAAUCCUACAUCUUUAAAAGAAAAAGUAUUUACAGGUCCUUCUAACAUGACAAAGGUGGCUAGACUUUCUCCGCACAACCUUCAGAAAAAAGCAGAUUCCCUGAAAGGAAAAAAUCCCAAGAAUCCAGAGACCAUAAAAGAAAAAGAGAGUGGAAAAAGAAAAGAUGUGAAGCCUCCAACAGCCUUAAAGGAAAAAGACUCUUCAAAACGAAAAGAAAUUAAGGCUUCAACUAAUCCUAAGGAAAAAGCUGCAGUGAAAAAGGAGGGGGAGAAGAAAGCUUCCUCAGAGAACCCGCAUGAACACAAGCAUGAACGUGUUAAACAUGACAAAGCUGCCUCUCAGACAAAGCCAGAGGAGAAAAUGAAAGAACCAAAGACUACUCCCACUGAGAAGUCAGCCCAGGCAAAGUCAGCAAAGCACGAAGCAGUCAGACAUGAAAAAGAUGUCCCCCUUACAAAACCAGUCAAACCAAAAAACACUGCAAAGCCAACAGCUGAAAUCCCAACAUCAGCCACAAAAAAACCAAAGACAACUAAGGAAAAAGAAGAAAAAACAACUGCGAAGAAACAGCUGAAAGAUGAAAAAACUAAAGUGAAAGAAGAUCCACGACAUCAAAACCUGACAUCAGCUCCUGUACGCUACUUUCAAUGUGUCUUCCUAAAUGGACCUAAUGGAUUUGGGCUGCAAUUUCCUAUUAAUCCCCCUUCAAACAAGGAAGAAAAGACUCACUCAAAGACUUCCAAGAGAAAGACAAGGAAACCGGGGCAGUAGAGAGACUGAGUCCUGUGAUCACUGACAUUUUGCACUUUAUCUUUUCUGCUGAGGUCCAUAAUAGCUACAGUGGUACUUGUCAUUGCAAGAACGUGAUCCACUUGCACGCAUGUACCUGGAAAUAUUUCCAUGGAGCAGCGGCAGAACAAGCAGUAAUGAAUGGUGUUUAACAAAGAUAGAAAUGUAAAAGUGCCCAGUUUCUCAUGGAAAGGCUGCAAUGCUAACAAGGCAUUGAUAUGACUGUGUGUGUGAGCAUGUGCGUGUGUUUUCAUGCCUCUUUCGUUCUUGUUUUUCUUUACCUACAUGCUCAGCAUUGAAGUGAGUCUGUUUUCCAUUUAAUCUUAUCUAAGGAGUGAAAGGUUGAAUGUAGCUCUUAUAUCAGCAAGAUUGCAAGACUAGCUGCAAUCCUAAACCAUUUCUUCUUAAUGUUCAAUCAAAUUGCUGACAGGAAAAUGCCUCACUAAGUCAUGAAAAUGUGCUCUGUGACUGGUGCUAUUUUUAUGUCUCAUUGACCAGUGUAGCCUGAAGCUCACACUUGCUUGGAGCAGCUCAAUACGUGAUCAGUAGGUUGACUCCGCAAGUGAUGUUAAUGAAUAUUUCUAUUUAACCUGAAACUGUAAAUGGACUGUUUGCCCUGCCUGUUGGUGAAAUACAAGCUCUUCUCUUUCUGAGGCCCUAAGUGAGAAGAGAAAGUGAAACCACUUGGCAAAGAUUGGGAAAACCACUGUUUUACUGACAUGAAAGUCUGAAGAAACAAAUGAAGUAACUACAGUGCUUCCACUUUUCUUUUUUGGCUCAAUCAGAUUGUUUUGUAGCAAAAGCCAUGUAAAUGGACAACAUACCAGCCAACAAUUUGCUAUUAGCUUAAGCCAGAUGAAAAGCUAGGAUGUGAGAUGCCAUUUGCGAAGCUAAAGCAACCAAAUUUGCAGUAAUUAUGUGAAUUUGAUGCUAUCUCAAAUCAGUGAACACAAACAAAAACCAAAACCAAACCCAAACAAAAAAAGAAUCAGAAAAAAAUUAGACAUAAACACAUGAAAUAAUCCAGGUUUCUCAUUUUACUAGAUGAAAUGAAAGAACUUCCUCACAGCACACUACUGUAAAUGGCUUACAGUAAAACUGACAGUAGAUGUGCUUGUCCUCAACAAAGAAGUUUUUGCCCUAAAAAAAAGACAAGAUGGCAUUUGAUCUCUUUAAAGGCACAUGAAUGAAAAUUGGCAUCUCACCAGUAUAUGUCUGGCAAUGUAAAUAAUGCAUUUUUUCAAGCUGCUAUUUGUUUGCAUUUCCUUACUAUACUUUUUGCAUUUAAUCUGGGAAAUAUACAGCAGUGACCUUAGUUAUGUCACUGCCUGCUGAAGCAACAUGAUCCUCUUUGUGCAAACCUACUACUUGUAGAGUCUGAACAUGCCAAGAACUUUGGCAUGUAUAUCACUUUUUUAUUUUUAGUAUAGACCAAGAUAGCAUUGGCCUUGUCCCUCUUAUUACACUCUCCCUGCCCAUCCAUCUUACUUUAAUCAAAUAAUUGACUCAUUUGAGUUUUGGACAACUGAUUCUUUGACAGAAUACUGCAAUUCAGAAAGCUUUGCUGUUACACUGCUAGGUCCAGUUGGUAUUUUCUGAUUACUGGUCAUGGCCUUCCAUGAACUGGAUCCUUAGUCUUAAUGUGCUCUGAUAUUGCACAGGUCAUGUGCUGCAAAACCUGUCAUUGCAACAAGCAGUUUAGGCAGUGGUGACCAGAAGGAGGUAGGAACAGGUCCUGCUCUAGAAGUAGCUAUUCCGAUGUAGAAUCACACCAUAGCUAUGAGUGUUCAUGGUGAAGGUCCCCACAGACCCCUGUGAGAUCUGCUCUGAAGCUAGUGCUGCCAGCAGGGAAUUUUUUGACGGCAGGAUUAUGAUCUUCAAUUUUCUUUUGGUGUCUCUUUUUAUAUUUCCACCAACUUUUUCCUUCCCAAUUUGUGAUUUUGUAUAUAUUAUAAUGGAUGUUAUUGCCCUAGGUUUUUACUGUGAAAGCUGUCUUAAAAAUGAGAUUUUAACUUUCUGAAAAAUCUGUUAAUUCAAGAUUUUAUCUAAUGCAAAUAGUCAGGGCAAAAAAUUAUAUACAACAAGCCUUUAUUUUUCAUAUUCUUUUGGAUUUUUUUUUCAUUAUAGUUAGCCUUAAUCCUUCCUUCCUGUCUGAGAUGGGAGAUAGCAAGAAUUUGUUCUGGAUCUCAUUUCCAUAAUGUUUCAAUUAGGUAUGUCUGAAUUUUAGAUAUCUGAAAGCUUUGGAAAAUAAAUAUAAUUACAUAAGUGAUGUAAAAUCGGUCUUUUAAUUUUGUUUCCUAAUCUAAGUCACUACCUGGAAAAACAGAAAAAGCAGGUCCACUCACAGAGAGGCAAGCAUUUUUCUCUUUAAAUUCACCGGAUAACUUAAAAAAAUUUCCUGGUUUGCAUGGUUUUACUCAAACUAGCCUGAAAUAUUGCACAAACUUUUGCUGAUUGUUAUACAUUUUGGAAAAUAAAAAAUAUAAACCC